CGAGGGUGGAAAUACGAAGCUCCGGCAGCCUCACCUACUUGAUCGACACUGCAUGGAUGCUCACGAGGCAGCCUUGCCCGAGGCUGUUGACUCCACAGAUCGUCGCUUCUUAUCCGCAUAGAAUCGAGGGAACUUGGCGAGGCCAGCUGGUAUGCAGGGGACGUCACUUGAGGCGGGCGAUAGUUGUCUUGUCGUGGGAUUCUAUGCGAUGCCACCCUACAGUCGUGGUUGUCGAGUUGAGAGAAACUCGAGUCUUCGUUUGGUAACAAUUGCUCAUGGCUCGGCACUUGUUGCUCAGCAGUCGUUACUCUUCACUAGUUUCCCAUUGCCUCUUCUUUCGUUUAACUCGUGCAUCUAGUUACCUGCACCAAUUGUGUAGUAUGCUCGUUUCUGUACCAGACUCAUCGACGUUCAUCGUGAGAUGCAGAGGCAGGGAGAGUUGUCCCAUUGAUAACCAGCUCACUGUUUCCAUUGACCCGUUACCGAUUCAUCAACUUCCGAUCAAGUGUGAUUCGGCUUCCCAUGGAUCUUCUAACUCAGACAAGAGCGCAGCCGAUGUGUUCCAUGUUCCCUCCAGCAUGGUUAAAAGACUGUUUGAAUUGCUCGAGCGUAACAUUGAAGCAUCAUGGAACUCGUCACAGCCCUUCGCAUUGCAUUGCAUAUCCGCAACUGGUUCCCAGCAGCAACUCACCUCUCAGCCCAUCCUCACACCCAUCGUUUCCGUUGCCUCCUCCGUCCUCUAUAUCCCAAACCUCAGCUCCGCAACCCCGUCACACGAACCGUCGCACAAGCCAGAAUCCCGCACCACACAUACUUGUCUUCAUCCCCUCCCCCCCACGCCAUGUGUUUCGUCGCGUAUUCUCGUCCUAAAUGCACAUCUAUAUGCAGAGAAAGCUGCUGCAUCUGUCCAAUAAUGUGCUCCGGCUUACCAUGUACGCUGCGGCCAAAAGCGUAGCAUGGCCGAUGGCCCAAGCUGCCUAAUCUAGGCCCUUUUGUUUCAUAACCACCGAACAAAAGGGUUGUCCUUGCGUAGGUCGUACGUAUACUUGGCACUAUACGCGAAACGUCCGCUUUU